AAGAGCCACGUCAGCUUCGUUCAGGAAAGAGGUAGGGUGUCCCAGGCUGCCUGACAGCACAGGUAGCCUAACUCCCACCCUCACUCCUGCCUUUCCUGAGGAAAGCUCGUCCCUACCCUGCUGCAAACCCCAGAUACCUCUGUAAGAUGGGUGCGUUCUUGGGGCAGCACUUUCUUCUCCUUGUGCUGUUGACCACCGUUGUUCUCAGUCCAGCAACUGUAGUAGCACUAACCCAAGAUGAUGUCGGCAAAAAGGAUGCCUAUCCUCCUCUGUGGCAUCAGGCUCGUGGAAGCAUAGAGGAUUUCCCACUACAAAACAAAAAAACCAUCAUAAAUGCCUGGAACUAUCUGGAGAGAAUGGGAGUGUACAAGAUCCUGCUCAACUCUUCAGCUAAAUAUUUCACUGCAUUUGGACCAAAUAAUGCUGGCAACAUCCUAUGGGGCUUGCCUCUGCAACAUGGCUGGCAAUAUCAUACAGGCAGGCUAGCAGAUCCUUCUAAUGUUACCACCUGCGGCCAUGGCACCGGACAGCAUCUGUGCAUCUCUGUACGAAGCUGGUGGGCCUCUGUGAAUUAUUAUCUGGCUAUUAUACCAUUUCUGAGUGCUGUGGAAGCUGGUUUCUUUGGACAGCUGCAACAUGAGAUAGAAAUAUUACCACCAGAAGAGCUAAGAGCAGACUUCUGCUACAGCAUUGCUGACUGCCGUUCCCGCAUUCCAAAACUCAUAGAUGCAUGGAAGGCUUAUUUUGAGUAUCUGUUAUCCACUGAGCAGAAAUCUGAUGGGCCCUCAGCAUCUUCCUUCUCAAUAGAAAAGGAGGAAGCAUUGCAUUAUUUGUGGGAAGCUCAUGUAGUGUCCAUUGCUUAUGCAGUUCCAAAGUUCAGAAACAGCUUAAAAUAUGUCUCUGGCCCUGAAGCAAGUUUUGGGGAGAAUUGGGCUAAUGCUGUGGAUUUCAUUGCGGCUACCCAUUUUUCUGCUGACCUACAGAACAUAAACUAUUUCCAAGCUUUCUUACCACCACGGAUGCUUUCUGAAUCUGAUCAAGUCUCAUUCAUUAGUGACUUCAGUCCAGAGCAGAACAUAGUCUUACUUUCAUUAUGCACUCUUCACAAAGCAAACAAAUUGACAGGAGGAACCUUGCUACUGCUGUGGAGAAUGGCUAUGUCUACUGAAGCAGGAAGGGCAGUGGUCCGAAGUCUCGUUGAAAAAUUGGUUACAGGCCUCAAGUUUGAUCCAGUGGGAAUAUAAAUGAUUUGAGCUAAGGUAUUUUUGACAGCAUUUAGUGUCUUAAAAACAGUCCCAACAUGAGCCUGAUUGAUUCAACUAUUUAAACAACCGUAGAGUAGGUGACCUGGACACGAUAACUUCUUGAAGCAGGAUUUCCUAAGUAGCCAUGUGUGUGUGCCUCUCCCUCCUUUUGAGUCAAUAUCAUUAUGCUUAAUUUUCUUAAUUUUCCCUCAUUUAGUUCAUUUGCAUGUAAUUAAAAUGCUUCAUUUAAAUUAUGAGAAUUCAGUUAAUUUGCCUUAUAAAUGAAUGUAUAAUUAAUGAGCAAUCAAAUAAAGCCAAA